AUGUCAACUGGAGGCAUCAUGUCGGGAGCUGACCGCGCCGGGGGUGGGGGGGGCCCUCUACUCCCAACUUUCCAUGGCUAUAUCGCAAGUACUAUGGACGCUCUCAUAUUAUUUGAAGCUUGUCUUGGUGGUCGUCUGAGCCACGUACCUAGACGACCCCAUGACAGGGAACGAUCCGAACUCAUCGCCAGUGGUAAUGUUUUCAUGUAUGAGGAGCACUCAUCUGGAAUAAAACGCUGGACAGAUGGCGUCCCAUGGAGCCCUAGUCGCAUUCUGGGCAACUUCCUCUUGUAUCGCGAGCUCGACAAGCCCUUCCAGCCAGGUGAGAAGAAACGAGCUAUGAAGCGACAUAGGAACGAUUCGAUGAUCACGAAACCCACCGGCCACUCAAGGGCGAGCUCAGUCGGCAACUAUGCCAGCGCUAUCAUCGAUGGAGGUGCCUCUAUGUCAAACCUUGACAGCGCGACAAGCGCGCGCAACGAUGCUGAACGAGCUCUCGUAGGCUCUCUCAUCGAUUCGUACCAGUUCAGGCGCGACGGUCUCGUCAAAAAGACCAUCAGUGUCACUUACAAUGGUGUACAACACCACCUGGUUUCGUACUACAGCAUCGAGGACGUUAUCCAGAACAAGCUUCGCACUCCGAGCCAAGAUCCCGCGCUGCGAGACAUUGCUCCUCGCGCGCCCCUGAUAUCAUCGAGCAGUUUUCGGGCCCCCGUAGACGACAACGAAGUCAUGCUGGCUGAACCGCAUUUCCGGGGCAUUAUGAACCCAUCUUAUAACAGCUUCGGCAUGAACGGAGCUUCGAGAUCGUUUUCGAUGCCGAGCAUGCAUACUUUUGACCAGGUACCUUGGACAGGCUCUAGUCAAUAUGCUCCACCGUACAGUGUAGGCCAAACAUUGCCACCCCCGGUGCCCUACACUUCAGCAUCUUCAUAUAACUAUGAUCAUAACCCUACGAUUUCAUACGGCAUGGCUCCACGACCUCCUAUGCCGUAUCCUCAGCAGGUAGCCAUAGUACCCCGAAGGCACUCGACCAUGAACGGAACAAACGGAAGUAUUGACUAUUCCGGACUCUCCCACCUUGAUAGAACCCCAAUGAGCACAACCCAGCUCAUCGGCAAUGACGGUAGUCUCGGAGGCCAGAAUAUUCCAAACCAGUCAUCGUACUCGAACGGGGCUAUGUUCGAAACAUCAGCUACUGCCGCCGCCGCCGCUGCCGCCGUUGCGAGCACUUCUUCCAGUUACCACCGUGAUGCGUAUGAUCAUAACAGUGGCAACCAAAAUAGUGGUCUAUAUAAUAACGGCGUCUCCAUGAAUACAUCUUCCGGAAUCGACGGCCAAGUAGAGAACGGCUUCGAUGCUAGAGCUGCUCAUAAUGCCUCGCAGGAUUUCAGCACCUCGUUAUCGGAACCCCGUGGGCAUAAUUCAGUUGCCGCCAGCCAGGAUGAUGCAUCCGCCGCCAUGCAGCUUGGACUUGGGAAUGCAGAUCCUGCAUCUAAUUCGAUGACGGAUGCCGACUGGGCUGCUGGCUUUAUGCCAAAUGAAAGUUAUGAACAGUGA